AUGUCUGGCGCUUCGGUUGACGAAAAGGUAUCCAGAGAGUCGAGAGUGGAAUCGCAAACUGCUCCCAGUCUACACAAGGAAGAUGUAAACGCCUCUGAAGACACCAAGCUUGAUAAACAUGGACUGCCACUUAUUCCACAACCAUCCAACGAUCCGUCUGACCCUCUGAACUUUCCGCAAUGGUUGAAGAUCGCUAUUCUUUUGCAAGUCUCAUUCCUGGCAGGCCUCGGGCCACUAAACCAGGCGGUCAUCAACCCAGCUUAUGUUCCACUUUCGCUGCACUUCCACAAAACGACAGUCGUUGCCAGCUAUCAGACAACUAUCGCAAUUGCGUUUGCUGGCGUUGGCUCUUUCCUUUGGGUGCCUCUCGCUAACACAUAUGGACGACGACCUGUACUGCUAUUCACAACUCUGAUUGCGGCCGCAUCGUCUUUGGCCUCUGGCAAGUCGCAGACUUGGUCGCAGCUGAUUGGAACUAGAGUUUUGAAUGGUAUCGGCACCAGCUCAUUCUUCACAAUCGGUGCGGGAAUGGUUACGGAUACCUUUUUCCUUCAUGAGCGUGGUCGGGCUAUGGGUGUGUUCACUGUCUUUCUUACGAACUCUGCACAUGUUGCGCCCAUUCCUGGUGGCUUUUUGGGUCAAUAUGUGGGUUGGCAAUGGUGCUAUUAUCUACCCGCGAUACUUGAUAUGGCGCUAUUUGUGAUGAUGUUCUUCUGCCUUCCCGAGACGCUCUAUAUGCGUGGAUCAAAGCCCGUCGAAACCAACAAGCCACUUCUCCGCCGACUGAAACUGUGGGGCCAUCGUCCCGAAGAGAAGCAUCUCAAACUAUCCGAUUUUUGGCGUCCAUUCCAGAUGGUAAUCUACCCUUCCGUUCUUAUUUCGGCCUUCUACUAUUGCGUGACUUUCUCAUUCUCGUCUAUUCUCCCAGCUGUCACUUCUGCAACACUUUUCCGUCUCCACUAUCACUUCACACCGUCGAAAACUGGUCUCGCAUUAGGCCUGGGUACCCUGAUCGGAUCCACUCUCGGUGAAUUGUUGGGCGGAAUCGUUGUAGACCGUAGCAUGCGGCUCAGCCGUAAGAAUAACACGGGCGGUACCCCAAUUCCCGAGGUCCGCCUACAUGGUAUAUGGGCUGGCGCUAUCCUCCAGCCUAUCGGAAUGCUCAUCUGGGGUUUCUGCUGGCAAUAUAACACCCACUGGAUUGGACCCACGAUGGGUUUCACGAUCAUGUGCUUCGCUAUUCAGAUCAUUUCGACCGUGCUCUACUCGUACACAGCCGAUUGCUAUAAACCACAAACACCAGAGAUCGCUCAAGUCUUCAACUUCGCUCGCCAAGUGUUUGGGAUGACAUUAGGCUUCUGGUCUAUUCCUAUGGGUCAAAAAAUUGGGUUCCAGUUCAUGGGACUGACGCUUGCCCUCGUCGGCAUUGUGACGUUUAUGCCCGUGGUAUUUCUCAUGUACAAAGGUCAAGCCAUACGGGAGAAACUUGGUACUCCAACAUUCAACAGCCGUUUGUGA